UUUAUAAAUAGAUCAGUGCCAUAUUCUUCCUCAUCAGCUUCAAUUCUCAGACACACAGCAAAAGCAAAGCAGCUUCCAUCGUCCACCUCCACCAUGGGGUCGGCGGCUUGGCUGGCAACGACAGUCGUCUUGGCGGCGCUCGCGGCCGCCGCCUCCUCGGUGGCGGUGGCGCACGCCUGGCCACCACCGGCGGAACUGGAGGUCGGCUUCUACAAGCACUCGUGCCCGCAGGCCGAGGAGAUCGUGCGCAACGCCGUCCAGCGCGGCCUGGCCCGGGAUUCGGGCGUCGGCGCGGGGCUCGUCCGCAUGCACUUCCACGACUGCUUCGUGCGCGGCUGCGACGGCUCCAUCCUCCUGGACUCCAUGCCGGGCAACGUGGCCGAGAAGGACUCCGUGGCGAACAACCCCAGCAUGCGCGGCUUCGACGUGGUGGACGACGCCAAGGCCGUCCUCGAGGCGCACUGCCCGCGCACCGUCUCCUGCGCCGACGUCGUGGCGUUCGCGGCCCACGACGGCGCCCACCUCGCCGGCGGCAUCGACUACGCCGUCCCCUCGGGCCGCCGCGACGGCCGCGUGUCCCGAGCCGACGAGGUGCUCGUCGACAACGUCCCGGCCCCGACCGACGACGUCGCCGAGCUCGUCGAGAGCUUCCGGCGCAAGGGGCUCUCCGCCGACGACAUGGUCACGCUCUCCGGCGCGCACACCAUCGGCCGCUCCCACUGCUCCUCCUUCACGUAGCGCCUCUACAACUUCAGCGGCCAGCUGGGGCGGACCGACCCGUCCCUCGACCCGGCCUACGCCGAGCACCUUAGGCACCGCUGCCCGUGGCCGUCCAGCGACGGCCAGAUGGACCCCACCGUGGUGCCCCUCGACCCGGUCACGCCGGCGACCUUCGACACCCAGUACUUCGAGAACGUCCUGGCGCACAGGGUCCUCUUCGUCUCCGACAGUACGCUGCUCCACAACCCCUGGACGGCCGGGAUCGUCCACUUCAACGCCGCGGUCGACAAGGCGUGGCAGGUCAAGUUCGCCCAGGCCAUGGUCAAGAUGGGCAAGGUCCAGGUGCUCACCGGCGACGAGGGAGAGAUCAGAGAGAAGUGCUUCGUCGUCAACCCACACUACUAGCUAACCAACUUUCUAGCAGUUGCGGCUCCAUUAUUUGUAAAGGGUAAUCCUAGUAGCCAAAAUUUCAUAUAUAAUGCGGUAAAGUUUAAUAGAAAUUUGACAUAUAUAACUAUAUGUUAAUUAAAUUGUAA